UGUAUGACGGCGUCCCAGGCACAAGUAUCACUGCUGCUACAAGAUGAUCCUGCUGCUCGCUCUGCUUUCUGUUCUCUGCGGAGAACCAGGUCUGUGCCUGGAGGAGUAUGGAGGCUUCACCUUUGAUGGAGACAUCCGCCAAUUCGCUGUAACCUCCAACAGGCUUUAUAUCGCCUCAGAGGAGAGGCUGUACCAGCUGAGCCACCAUCUGACUCUGAUCAACAGUCUGACCCAGAGAGGAAUCUUAAAGACCGGAAACAAGCAGGAUGAUGUGCAGUUUUAUCGGGUUUCUGACACAGCUGAGUGGAACGCAACUUUCAGCAUCAACGUGUUGUUGCCUUUCACAAAGAAUGACUCUCUGAUCAGCUGCGGUGUGACUGACGAUGACUGCGGUCACUGCGAGGUUCUGGACCUAAAGAACAUCUCCAAGCUUCUGUACAGAGAACACAUCCAGGUGGGACCUCUGAAGAGCAGCAGCAGGUCUGUCAGCUUUCUGGUGGAUGUGAAGAAGAAAAGAGAAAAUGACACGUAUAUUCUCACUGCGAUACAGAAGAAAGGGACGUUUGAAAAGAGGUGCCCUUCCGAUUCCGAAACUAUCAACCUUCAUAAUACAGACAACAAACAGGGUGGAGGUUUAUUUUCUCUAACUGAUGGAGCUUCAGGCACGCCUAGGAUCAAAAAUAAAGGUGAUGUGGAGUUUGUUGACGGGUUUCAGAUUAAAUCAACCAUCUAUCUGUUCUCCAACGUGCUCUCAGCUCAGACAAACAGAGUCCGCCUCAUUUGGCUCAAAGGCGAAAAAAGUAAAACUGAUACACUCAAGUCUCUGCGGGGCGCGACUCUCAGUGUCUCUGACAGUGAAAGCAGCAGACUCGUGGCCUCCUCGGUCAUCCCGGGGGAGCAGCCAGUGCUUUGGAGCGGCGUGUUCAGUGUGGAUGGAGGAGACACCAACACCGUGCUGAUGGUGUUUGACAUCAGCCCUGAUUACAGCAGAGCAGGGGACAGAGAUCCAGACUUCUACACCUCUGUGCCAUCAGAAGUGACGGUGACGCCAAAGAUCCUGAAACCAAAGGCAGUCCUCUUCAGGCACAGCUACAUGACCUCUGUGCUGGCAGUGAGGCAGAGAGGCUGGAUGGUUUUCUUCAUUGGGACAGGAGAUGGGCAGCUCAUAAAGCUGUCUGUGGACAGGAACUAUCACGCCGCCUGUCCCACGGUGCUCUACAGGACCAGUGAUGACCGCAAAGUGAUUCCCAAAAUACAUCUGGAUCCAGUGGAUCGUAAACAUGUGUAUGUGCCAUUUAGAAACCAGAUGAAGCGAGUUCCUGUGUCAAAAUACAGCACGUACACAAAUGUGCAGGAGUGUUGGUCUGCACAGGAUCCAUACUGUGGUUGGUGUGGCUCUAAAAGCAGCUGCACAUUUGAAGAUGACUGCACAGAUUCAGACUGGCUGUCCAUUCCUGAUGAGUCCCAACAAAAAAUGAUUUCCCACAAAGUUGAAAAGGACACAAAUGGACAGUUCCCACAAUGCACCUGCAUCCUGUCUGAUCGUACACUUCCUGCUGAUGGUCUGCAUGUCACAGUGAAAUUUAGACUUGGUUCAACACAACUAUCAGAACAGCUGAGGUUGACCAACUGCUCUGACAUCAGUGGACCACCAAGUUCAGUCUUGUGUCAGCAGUGCAUCAAAGCUGGUUGUGGAUGGAACAUAAACAGAUGUUCCUGGGCCGAUCAAACAGAGAUCAAUGACAGUGUUUGCCAAAAUGUGCAGUCUGGGAAGAACUUCUCUAUCCCAGAGAUCUCCUCCAUCACUCCCAGUGUGGUGUCUUUCUACGGUAGAAACCACGCAGUGCUGUCAGGUCGUAACCUCGAUGAUGUGACUGCAGUGAGGAUCCAGGCAGAUACUGACUGUACUCCAAAAGAAUCUCCUGUUUGGGACAACACUGGUUUCAGUCUGAUGUUCCACAUUCCCACUUCAGAUAUCAAAGGUGUGGUCAGGGUAUGUCUUCUCCUCCCAGAUGGUCGUUGCCAUGGCAAAGCUAAAAUCACUUACAGCUCAUUACCAUCAUGCACCAACAUUACUCCCAGCAGCAGCUGGAUCAGUGGGAAGAGGAAGAUCACACUCAUGGGGUCUCACCUUAACUUUGUUGAAGGGCUCGUCCACAGCCACGCAAUGCAGGAUGUCAGACUUCCCAGAAACAUCAGCUCUCAGUACCUCACCUACGAUUCACCUGCAGCUAGGAGUUUUUCUAGCAGCACUCUGUUUGUGAAACUAGCCAAUGAAACCUUAGCCUGCUCCACAAAACUCUCCUACGUUCCAGACCCUGAGUUUACCAGCUUCACAGUUAUAAGGACAGGGGAAGAUGUGCGCAUCACCAUUCAGAAAAAAGCAGACAACCUGGAGAUGAUGAUAGAAGAGUUAUCAGUGUGGGGCGUUCAAGACAAUACAAAAUACCAGUGCAUCAUGGAAGCCAAAGAAACCAGGACCAACACUGACUUUUUCACCUGUGGAUUUAAAAGCCCAUCCAACCAUGAAUUUAAGGAGUUACUGAUAAAGUAUGGUGACAGGACAGUAAGUCUUGGGCUUGAGUCCCAGUUACACAAAGCCCUUCAGAUAUUGCGUUUCAUGCUGAUACCCUGUGUUAUUGCAGUGUUGGUGAUUAUCUAUUUCUGGCAGAAGAGACUCACCGUUGAGAUGAAUAAGCUCUGACCACUGACCAGCCUGAGUGUUCUUGGGAAAAAGUUUGUCUUAGGACAGGCAUUGUAAAGCUUCCUGCAGAGUUUGCUUUGUUUUAUUUUUUCUUUCUCUCUUUACGAUUUUAAUUAUACUGCAAAUGUGUUUUAACUGAAAUCAUAUUAUCAGGACACAAAUAACAAAUUAUUUCAUCUGUUGUAUCCUUUAUCUUUUGCAUAUUUAGUGUAACAGAUUUCAAAUGUGAUGUUUUUUCUUACAAGUAAAAAACAUGUGGGACAUCUGGGUCCAUAAGUAUUUGGACAACUACACAAUUUUUGCUUCAGUUCAUGAAGUUUAACAAAAUUAUUACGAAGCUAUUUAGGAACUGAAACUAUUUUUCUUUGUAGUUUCCAUUUUCAGAAGCUUUGGUUCUUCAUAAACGGGCAAAAUAAACUUUUAUUUCAUGCUAAAUGUUGUAGGCCAACAGUGACCCCUGGUGGCUAAAAUGAAUUUGGAGCUUUUACGCCU